AUGGCUAUUUUCUUGUAUAUCUGCUUUUUGCUAUCCCUAGCAUCCGCUUCUACAGUGGUAGACCUGGGCUAUGCUCGCUAUGAGGGUCAUACCCUAUCCACCGGAGUCACACAGUGGCUUGGCAUGCGGUUUGCUGCUCCUCCUGUAGGAGAUCUGCGAUUUGCUGCCCCGCAGGAUCCUUUGUCUGUCGAGGGAAUACAGCAAGCAACUGAGCAUGGAAGUAUAUGCAUCCCCACAGCAGGAAGUGAAGGCCGGGCAGUCCCAAAACUGCCUGUCUUCUUUUGGAUCCAAGGAGGAGGCUUUGCUGCCAAUUCAAAUGCCAACUAUGACGGCACUGGGUUGAUCAAGGCAUCCGGAAACAAUAUGGUGGUGGUCACUUUCAACUAUCGGGUUGGACCUUACGGAUUCCUUGCCGGAGAAGAGAUUGAAAAAGGAGCCAGUCUGAACAAUGGUCUGAAAGACCAACGCAAGGCCCUGAAGUGGGUUCAGGAGCAUAUCAGCAAAUUUGGUGGAGAUCCCAAACAUGUUGUUAUUGGUGGUAGUAGUGCAGGUGCUGCCUCGGUGACUCUCAUGCUCUCCGCAUACGGUGGUAAAGAUGAAGGUCUGUUUGUUGCAGCAGCUGCAGAGUCACAGAGCUUUGCGCAGAUGCUCAACGUCACCGAAAGUCAAUUCGCAUACGACGCACUGGUAACUGCGACUGCAUGUGACAGUAGUCAAAAUACCCUGGCAUGUCUGCGCAACCUCGAUGUCAAUGCUUUGCAACAGAAGAACGUCAACAGACCCCACCCAGGAGCAAAAGGGAAGCCGUUAUACCUGUAUGGUCCCACAGUUGACGAGGACCUGGUGCCAGACUACACCUACCGCCUCUUCCAAGAAGGCAAAUUCAUCAAGGUACCAGUGAUAUUUGGCGAUGAUACCAACGAAGGCACGAAAUUCGUUCCCAAGAGCACCUCUAGUGUCGACGAGGCAGACACGUUCAUCCAGAACCAAUUUCCAGCAAUAACACGGGACCAUCUUGACAGGAUCAACAGUAUAUAUCUUACUCCAGACCAGACGAAGGAAUUCCCUGGUGCUGGGUCCUACUGGCGGCCGGCAAGCACGGCGUACGGUGAAAUGCGCUACAUCUGUCCCGGAAUUGACUUGUCUUCUAUUUACGCAGCGGCAGGUGUCCCAAGCUGGAACUACCACUACGCAGUUCAGGACCCCGCCGACGAGAGCUCAGGAGUGGGCACACCACACACCGUCGAAGUGAAUGCGAUCUGGGGUCCGACCAAUACUAACAAGAAAGCUCCAGCUUCGUACUACACCACCAACGCAGGCAUCGUGCCCGUGAUGCAGGGUUACUGGACAAGCUUCAUUACGUCUCUGGACCCGAACACCAAACGUCUUCCUUCCAGUCUGAAAUGGCAGACUUGGGGUCAAGGUGGUGAUGGAUACCAGCGGAUCUUCAUUCGGACCAACCAGACCAAGAUGGAGACGGUGCCACAGGGACAGAGAAGCCGAUGUGAAUACUUGACUAGCAUCGGUAUUGAUUUGAAGCAGUAG